ACGCGGCUCUCGGGCCCGUUGUCUGGGCGUCUGAGAGUGGGGGCCCGGUGCCGGCCGGGCUUCCUUGAGUGCGGGGCUCUCAGGGGCGGCGGCGGAGCUUGGACAUGGCGCUGAGAGGCCGUUCCAGGGGAAGAUGAAUAAAGGCUGGUUGGAGCUGGAGAGCGACCCAGGCCUUUUCACCCUGUUGGUAGAAGAUUUUGGUGUUAAAGGGGUACAAGUUGAGGAGAUUUAUGAUCUUCAGAGCAAAUGCCAAGGGCCAGUAUAUGGCUUCAUCUUCCUCUUCAAAUGGAUCGAAGAACGCCGAUCCCGACGCAAGGUCUCUACCCUGGUGGACGAGACUUCUGUGAUCGAUGAUGACAUUGUGAAUAACAUGUUCUUCGCCCAUCAGCUGAUUCCCAACUCCUGUGCCACUCAUGCCUUACUGAGUGUCCUUCUGAACUGUAGCAAUGUGGACCUGGGCCCAACACUGAGCCGCAUGAAGGAUUUCACCACGGGCUUCAGCCCAGAGAGCAAGGGAUAUGCCAUUGGGAAUGCUCCAGAGCUGGCCAAAGCACAUAACAGCCAUGCCAGGCCUGAGCCACGACAUCUGCCAGAGAAGCAGAAUGGGAUCAGCGCUGUGCGGACGAUGGAAGCAUUCCACUUUGUCAGCUAUGUCCCCAUUAAGGGACGUCUCUUUGAGCUAGACGGACUGAAGGUGUACCCCAUUGACCAUGGGCCUUGGGGGGAAGAUGAAGAGUGGACAGAUAAAGCCCGCCGAGUCAUCAUGGAACGGAUUGGCCUAGCCACAGCAGGGGAGCCAUAUCAUGACAUCCGAUUUAACCUGAUGGCGGUAGUGCCCGACCGCAGGAUCAAGUAUGAAUCUAAGCUGCACGUCCUGAAGAUGAACCGACAGACGGUGUUGGAGGCCUUACAGCAGCUGAUCCGAGUGACUCAGCCAGAAUUGAUUCAACCCCAGAAGUCCCAAGAGUCUCAGCCUCCUGAGGACUCCAAGCCGGCCUCCUGCAAGCCCUCUCUGGUGCUUGAAACAAGCAAGACCCCACUGGCCUCUGAGGGUUCCCAAACAGAUGGACCUGAAGAGGUGGCAGGACCUUGCCAGCCAGCCCCCACACAUAGCCCACCCAGCAAACCCAAGCUCAUGGUGAAACCUCCAGUCAACAGCCUCAAUGGGGUUCCAGCAAAUCCCAGUCCCAUUGUUCAGCGGCUCCCAGCUUUCCUGGAUAACCACAACUAUGCCAAGUCUCCCAUGCAAGAAGAAGAGGACCUAGCAGCAGGCGUAGGCCGCAGCCGGGUCCCAGUACGCCCACCACAGCAGUACUCAGAUGAUGAGGAUGACUAUGAUGAUGAUGAGGAAGAGGAUGUUCGGAACACAAAUUCUGCUAUCAGGUACAAGCGGAAAGGACAGGUCAAGCAGGAGCCCUUGGCUCCCUCCUCCGAUGGGCAGCUCUGCGUCCUGCAGCCCAACACCAUCAAUGUAUUGGCUGAGAAGCUCAAGGAAUCCCAGAAGGACCUCUCAAUCCCUUUGUCCAUCAAGACCAGUGGUGGUGCUGGGAGCCCAGCUGUGGCCGUGCCCUCUCAUUCUCAGCCUUCACCCACCCCCAGCAAUGAGAGCACCGACACAGCUUCUGAGAUUGGGAGUGCUUUCAACUCACCACUCCGGUCACCCAUCCGUUCUGCCAACCCCACCCGCCCAUCCAGCCCUGUCACCUCCCACAUCUCCAAGGUGCUUUUCGGGGAGGACGAUGGGUUGUUGCGAGUGGACUGUAUGCGCUACAACCGGGCUGUGCGAGACUUGGGGCCUGUCAUCAGCACCGGCCUUCUACACCUCUCUGAGGAUGGGGUGCUGUGCCCUCUCACCAUCGCAGAAGGUGGGAAAGGCUCAUCACCACCUGUCAGACAGAGCCAGACUGCCCAGAUCAGUGUCACCCUGGAGGAGAAGGAGGCGCCUGAGGCAAGUGACAGAGAGAAAGCCGGGCUGAGCCGCCCCCCUGAGCAGCUGUGUGGGGAGAAGUAUUCCCCCAAAGAGCUGCUGGCACUGCUGAAGUGUGUGGAAGCUGAGAUCGCAAACUAUGAAGCCUGUCUCAAGGAGGAGGUGGAGAAGAGGAAAAAAUUUAAGAUUGAUGACCAGAGAAGAACCCACAACUAUGAUGAGUUUAUCUGCACAUUUAUUUCCAUGCUGGCUCAGGAAGGCAUGCUGGCCAACCUUGUGGAGCAGAACAUCUCCGUUCGACGACGACAGGGUGUCAGCAUUGGUCGGCUGCACAAACAGAGGAAGCCUGACAGACGGAAACGCUCCCGUCCUUACAAGGCCAAGCGGCAAUGAGGGACUUCCUGGCCCAGGACUGGGCCUUCCACAUGCUCCCCUAAUCAUAGGGCGUUCUGAGGGCGAGGCAGCCAUGAGCUGCCCCCACUUAACUCUCCUCCCCUUGGACCCAGUAUUACUGUACAGUUUAAAGUGGGAACAUCGUUCCCCAGUGGACAGGCAAAGGUUCCCAUGUGUCAGUCGCACUACAGACCUCCCGCUGACCCUUUAGAAAUAAGGGGGACUUCUUGGUCACAUGGCUCUCAGCCUCCUCUCAGCCCCUCCCCUGUUGACCUGGGGAUACUGAAGUCAGUGGGGGCUACCUGCCUGCAGCUUAAGUUCCCUUUCAAGGGUGGGCACUGGGCAGGUCAGCCAGAGAUUGCCGUAAAGUCAGUGCAGGGACCACUCAGGAAGCAGCAGCUGGAGUCAGUGUAGUGGGAACUCUACCCGUGGGAACACUGCCUUUUCCCCCCUUUGUCAUCUGAGCCCACCCACAGCUGGCUGUGGAUCAUCCGCCCCAAGGGGUACAUGGACCCCAUUGACAGCCAGGGCCCUGGCUCCCUGCCUCAGUGACAGCAGAAUAUAUAUUUUAUAUAUCAGAAAUGUCUAUUUUUUUCUUGGUUCUGACUAAUCUUGCCACCAUUGUAUUGAAUACCACUGCCUCCUACACAGCAGCCUUCUGGACAUAGCCUUGUCCAGACCUGGCUCUCCAUCCCUUCCCCUGGCUUCUUCCUCAUCCGUUUUCGUAUGUGUGUGUUCUCCCUUAGACCCUGCCCUGGGGAGCUGGAAGGCAGAGCUGGGACUUCAGGGUCACAACCACUUACCUCCUGGGUGUGUGACCAGGGCCAGAGGUGCUCUUGCCCGGGUUCCCCAUCCACCCCAGUCUCUGAGCCCAGCCCAGCACCACACAAACACUCCCAGUGAGAGCCCCCAGCUGUCUCCUGGAGAGGUUGGGCUUGCACUUUUGCACAUCUGCUGUUUGAACUCCAAACUCAGGAAUCAGGGCUUGCUCAGGAUCAGUAUGAGGAGUAGGGCAAGUAGGGAGCAGCAGGACUCUCUGGGUCCAUGGGAACACAUAGAGAAGCUUUGUUAUCGAAUUUGGCUGAGCAGCUAUGUGGCCUACAGAGUGGUUUUUUUUAAAGUCCUAGCAGAGUGGAGAUGUUUGUUUUUAGAUUUCUUUUGAUUCCUGUAAAUUGUUCUUCCUUCCCUGGCAUGGCCUGAAGAGGGAGCAGAUAAGGGGGUAAGAGGGCAGGUGCUGGGGUUUCUUGGACCUAGCUUUGUUCUGUAAAGGCCCUGGAGCCUGGGGCUGCGUGCAGCUGGCUUUGGUUGGACAGCUCUGAAGGGCAGAGAGGUGUUGCUCCAGAAACAAAUGAUGCUGAGGUGCCCCAAAGCCUUUUGGGAGGAUGUUUGUUUUCAAAGUGUUUGGUGGCUUUCCUAGCCUCGAGCUUGCUCUAAUAGGAUUGUGUGUGCAGGGGGGGUGUUAGAGUGAGUGGGGACCUGCACUGGUUUUGGUGGAGAUUCUGAGCCAGGUGUACCACGCCCACUGGUAUUACGGAGAUGCCUUCCCUCAGCUGAGCAUGCAGGGAGGGUAGGUGUAGCUCUCCCAGGAGCAACCCCCCCUUUCCCACCCCAUUCUCUGAACUGUAUGUAGGAAUGUGCAUCUGCUGCCUGGCUCCAGGAUCUAGAGUGAAGUUAGUUGGUGCCUGUCAGAUUUUUGUGCUGCUGAGAGAGAAGGGAUUGGGGAACUUUGCAUCAGGGUUAUUCCUCUUUCCGUCCAGAGCUUAGGACCUGGCAUAGGAGUGUAAAGUAGGGAAGGGCUGGCCUCCUGCCUGAGAUGCUUCCAUUUUGUGGGCAUUUUCCACUUGGGCUUAAGCCAUCCAAGAGGACUUAGAGGCAGAAUUCUGUCAGACCAUUUGCGGACCAGUCUCUGCCCUUUCCGCACACUCCAGAGUUUCUGUUUGCUUCCUCUUUGUGACCAUAAGGUAGCUGUCGCUACCCUUACCUUGCCCCUUCCCACCCCUGCCCCUUGCCUUUUCCCUCCCUAAGGGCCCCUGGGAGAAAGCGGAGAUCCCCUUCUUUAUAUACCACAAUUGCUGUUGAAGCUGUGGUGGGGGCAGAUGAAUUUGUUCUCCUUCUGCUUGCACUGAAUUUCAGAAGAGACAGGAAUCAACUUGAAGUAAAAUGUAGGUGUCUUGGGGAAGGCUGAACUGAAGCUAUUGUACAUAAGAGACCUGGACAGGCUGGGGCUCGGGCCACUUCUGGCCCUUUGCCUGUGUAUCCUUGUAAAUACCAGACUUGCCUGAAUGAAUAAAGUUUUCCUGUAACUUA